AGUAACACUCGGCAAAGAAAGGGCAGUUUUCCUCCAGCGGCUGAUCUCAUACAGCAAACAUGAUUUGGACCUCCACGUUUCUCCUCAUCCAGGCGGUAAUCCUCUACUUCAUUCUGGCAAAGAGAUCCAGAUCCAGCACUGAUCCACCUUUAGACAAAGGUCUCAUCCCAUGGCUGGGUCACGCACUUGAAUUUGGCAGAGAUGCUGCAAAGUUCUUAAAUCGAAUGAAGAAAAAACAUGGCGACAUUUUCACGGUGCGCGUGGCCGGGCGCUACGUGACCGUGCUGCUUGACCCCCACUCCUAUGACGAGGUCAUCAAGGACCCCGUGUCUCUGGACUUCAGCCGCUAUGCACAGGUCCUCAUGGAGCGCAUCUUUAACCUGCGGCUCCCCGGACACAACCUAAACAAAGCUAAAGGCCUCAUGAAGAAGCAUUUCCAGGGGGGCAAUUUAGCCCUUCUCAACAGAACCAUGUGCAUGCAGCUCUCCUCCCUCCUGAAAGCAGAGGCGGCUCAGAACCGGAUGGACUGGAAAGUGGACGGAUUAUUUAGCUUCUCUUACAGCCUGCUCUUUAGAGCCGGCUACCUGACGCUGUUCGGGGGCGAGCAGAACAACAACGGAACAGACCCAGCCGAGGUCUACCGAGAGUACCAGAGGUUUGAGGCUCUCCUGACCAAGAUGGCAAGGGGCACGCUUAAACCAGAUGAGAAGCGGACCACCCAGGCGGCGCGUCAAAGGCUGUCUGAGUUUCUGGCCCCUGCAGGUCUGGGUGAGGCCCCUGGUUCGGGCCCCUGGGUUCAGGCCUACAGGAGGCUGCUUCAGGCCGAGGGGGCGGACGGGGACAUGCAGAGGAAGGCCCUCCUGAUGCAGCUCUGGGCCACGCAGGGAAAUGUCGGCCCUGCUGCCUUCUGGCUCCUCGGCUUCUUGUUGACAAACUCGGAGGCGUUGGCAGCCGUGCGAGAGGAGUUCACCAGGGUUUCACAAGUUGAAACGUCGCAGGAAAGCGCUGUGCGUACGCCAGUGUUUGACAGUGCCUUGGAGGAGGCGCUUAGACUCACUGCUGCCCCCUUCAUGACCAGAGAGGUAGUGAAGGAGAAGACGCUGCACAUGGCCGACGGCCGGGAGUACCUGCUCCGAAAGGGAGACAGAGUGUGCUUAUUUCCCUUCAUUAGCCCCCAAAUGGACCCCGAGAUUCACCAGGAGCCACAGGCGUUCAAGUAUGACCGAUUCCUCAACAAGGAUGGAUCAGAUAAGAGGGACUUCUACAAAGGAGGGAAGAAGCUGAAAUACUACACCAUGCCAUGGGGCGCGGGCAACAACGGCUGCGUGGGAAAACAGUUUGCCAUCGACACAAUACGACAGUUUGUGUACCUGGUGUUCUCCCAUUAUGAGAUGGAGCUGUGCGAUCCAGAGGCGGUGAUGCCGGAGUCUGAGGCCAGCAGCUACGGCUUUGGAAUGCUGCAGCCUGCCGGAGACCUGGAAGUCCGAUAUAAACUCCGAGCCUCGCUGUGAUGAGGGCUCACUCUUGGUACAUGUUAUGAGUACCCCACGCUGCACUACUUACGCACCUUUCUAGUACCAGUAUUGUUAUUGUGUUUUUUUAAUAUUUAUCUGGACCUGCAAAUAUGCCUGUAGAGUAUUUUUUUUACUAUUUGUAAGUAUUAUUAAAAUUAUAUAUAUGAAUAUAAAUAAUAUAUGUUUUGUACACCUGAAGAGACAAUAUGCCACACUUUCCACGGCACGAUAAUAAAUUCUAGUCUAAAUAUGACUCGCCAAGAACAACAUCAAUUAUUUUCAAAGGAAAUCCACGAUGAAAACUUUGACUCGUACUUGUGGAUGCCGAUAGAAGGAUUUAUUGGUGUUUAAAUCGAAAUAAGCACACAUCUCUCUCCCAUGCUUGUUUCUGUUGGGAUGAAGCCAAGUUUGGAUGUGUUUGUCAUGUUGAACGUGACAUACUAGCAGGACUUCACGCUGUUUUCCACUGAAACAUGAGUCUCCAUGGAAUACUGAGUGCAAUGGUUGCCCAUAUGGGCAGUUGAGCAGUUCAUUAGUCAUUAGUCUUUGUUUAAAACUUACUAGGCCAAACAACACCAUUAAUGGAUUGCAUUUGGUACACGAUUGUGAUGCAUAUAGUGUAAAUAAUGUAUUGUGUUUGUGGUGAAGUGUCAAAUGAAAUUCUAAGUGGUAGCUAGACCUGGCAACUGUGAAAAUGUAAAUAUGUGAUCGUGCUCUUGACUUUUUUUUUAAUUUGAAGCGUCCCCACAGUCUGUUAAUGCAAUGAUGCAACGAUCCUGAUAUAUAAUAAAUCCUGUUUAUUUUUAAACGCA